UGCACGUGUCGCGGUUCACGGCGGUGGCGACGUCCGUGAACCCGGCAGUAGUCGUGGCGGUAUCAGCGGCGGCUCACGACUCGCUCCCUCGCCUCCUCCGCCACCACCACAACCACCACCACACAGCACACCACCACAACCACACAGCACUCCACCACCACAACCACACAGCACACCACCACAACCACACAGCACCCCUCCAGCAGCAGCAGUCCCAGCUGGUGCGUCGCGAUGCACGCCGCGCGCUUCCCCGAGUCGCUCUACACAGACGCGUGCGCGCAGCUUGAAGCGCCGCGCUUGGAAGGCGGCUGGGAGUUCUUCGUGGAGUCGUCCGGCAUCAAGAUCCACCGCUUCUACAGAGAGCACUCGGGGCUCUACGAGUACAAGGUGUUUGGCGAUCUCCCGGACGCCGGGCCGCAGCUCUACGCCGACGUCUACAUGGACCUGCAGUACCGCAGGACCUGGGACAGUUACGUCAAAGAGCUGUACGAGAGAGACCACGCCGGGGAGAAGGUCGUCUACUGGGAGGUCAAGUAUCCCUUCCCGCUCUCAAACAGAGACUACGUGUACACGCGCGAGCGGCGAGAGAUCGAGGUGGGCGGCCAAACCGUGUGGGUCGUCGUCGCCAAGAGCGCCGACGUGCCGGGCAUCGUGGAGAAGGCCGGAGUGGUGCGCGUCGCCGACUACCUGCAGAGCCUGGCGCUCACCAGCAACGGCAAGCACGGCACCAAGGUGUUCAUGCACUACUACGACAACCCUGGAGGCAUGAUCCCCAGCUGGCUCAUCAACUGGGCCGCCAAGUCCGGCGUGCCGGCGUUCCUGACGGACAUGCAGAAGGCUUGCCGGGGCUACAGGGACUACUGCCAGAAGGCGGGGAAGCCGCUCUGACCUGGCCCGGUGCGCCAUUUCUCCACCGGCUCUGCGAGAGCUCUCUGCGUCUCCCGUUUACCGCGGAAGACGAAUCCCGGGGGCGGCUUUGUGUGUGCGUGCACGACGCGUGUAGAUUUGAGUUCUUUUUUAAUUAGUGCACGGUUUUUUUCAAACGGCGGCUGAAGUGUUCCUGUCCCGAUAAACGUGCGUGUGCGUGUUACGGCUCCUCCGGCAGGCAAGGCUGCGUUGGCUGGGCCAUGUAGCCUGCAUGCCCAGCCACCGCAUGCCUAAACAGCUUUUGUUCGGCCAGAUCGAGGGGGUUAACUGAGCGCGGCACGAGCUAGAGAAGAGAUGGAGUGAUGUGGUACAGGAGGACGUGGGGCUGAGUGGACUUGCCGAUGACUGGUACCAGCGGUGUCAAGAUCGUUCUCUGUGGAAGAGGCUCGUGAAGGACGCUACUGGGCAGUUGGAGGCAGUCGCCCUCCAACAACAACGGAGGGCGGAGGAGCGACGCUCACAACAACGAGCGGAGCACCGGGUGGCUAAAGCACAGCAAGUUGGCACAGUAGGGGACACGGGUGGUGCAUCAGCCAGUCAUCUCAGUCAUCUCAGUCAUCUCAGUCAGUCGACCUGUGGCAUCUGGGUCUGCCCCGUGACCUGCCAGCGGGCGUUCGACACUUCACGUGGCCUCAAGGUGCACAUAGCCUGGCACAAGCGUCGUGGUGAUUUCACCGCCACUUAGUGGCGAAUGGCAGUUGUUGUUGUUACGGCUCUCUCGUUCGCGAUCCGCUGGCUCGCGAAGCUUCAAUGAAGGCAACCGAACGAGGCGCGCUGUGGUUCCUAUGAGGGCGGACUGCGACGGAAUCGCCCAUCUUGCUGAUAUUAGCCAACCAAAUGAAGGUGGGGGGGUAGGCGUGUCACAUCAUCACUCGAUCGACGGAUCAAUUUGGCAAUGAAUCGACACGGUGAUUAACCCGCAAGUUACGAUGACACCCGGUAUUAUUGAUGUUUGUGAAUUACGGACCGACUGAGUGGAAUCGAUCCAAUUAAUCUCGAUUAACGAUCCACAAUACCAUAUAUGGGCAAACCUCUGAUGGGUGAUUUCAUCGGGUGCACAAUUGUACCGCUCUAUUACAGCGCCCAGGUCUCGAGGCCGGCGUACGAAUCAGGAGCGCCGUUGGGCAAGUGGCGCGGCGUGUCGCAUUGUGUCGUCAUCGCGUUGCAGGAUGACGUCGACGUUGUUGCGAGAUGACGUCACUUAAAUCUGAACGUGGCCCAUCGAUCUCGUGCAAGGAGCCGUGCCGUCGUGAUUCUUUGAGAAUCCUGACCGAUGGGAUUCUCCCCGGCCGGUAUCGGCGGCAAGAUAACCGCAGCUCGAUAUACGAGUGUGGCCACAUCGGCCGAUGCAGAACGCCGCGACACCGCGGACAGAAUGUCGCAAACACUUCAGAUUGGAUCGGCUUGAAUGCUCAAAGAAAAAAAACACAACCGCGUUGCACGUUGAAAACAAGACGCGAAUUGCUUUCGAAUAAAAAUGCAGUGUCUUUUUUUCCCCGGGUGUACAUUGACAUAAAUGUGACACCACAAGUCGAGACAAUGGCAAUAAAGGUGUCUUGCGCCGUG